UGGGCUAGCGAGCACAGUGUGAAGCUAUUGCAGUGUGGGGGAUACGUUACAAAUGUGUUACGCGUACGGCGAGGCAGGCAAAUCAGUCGCUAACCCUUCCGCAUUCAAUAAUAUAAUUGGCAAUAAAUUCAGGCAAUUGAUUUGGACAAUUGUAAAUCAGUAACAGCGAAUAACAUCAGUAAAAGACAUCGAUAGAUAUAAAAGUCAAAGCUAACUGUGAAUAUUGUGUAAUUGCUUGAAUGAGAAGAUGAAAUUGAAAUGAAACAGCAGAAGCAACAACAAAAACAACAAGAGCAAAGAGAACAGCUUGUCAACAGUUGGAUUUAAAUAAUAUUCAUAAAAUCAUAUGAUUUAAAAAAAAAAAAAAACAAAUAUUUCUACGUCAAAGGCAAACAAAACAAACUAAAAAUAUAAAUCAAAGGAAAAUCGUUUGCUAGCAUAAGAACUACAUUAAAAAUUACAUAAAAUUGACAUGUACACAGUAAACAAGGGACCUAGCAAAAUUGUUGCUAAGACGCGACGCGGUCUGCCGCAAAACUUUGAAAAGUUCGAGAGCAUCAAGGAGAGCGGCAAGAAACAUGGGAGCAUCAGCAGCAGCUUUGAUCUGAACAGUCCCGAGAAGAACAAGAACAUACCGCGCCCGGUAUUUCAACAGAGCUUCGCUUCGAAACGCAUUGCGCCCACAAAACUUAUUGAGGAUGAGGUGAUAACGCCGCAGCAUGAGGAGAUAAUACGCUACAUAAAUGACUCAUGGAACAUUUUGGUCGCACAAAAUCCGUAUGAUUCCAGCACAGCAAAGCCCGACGGAAAGGCCGAUGCCAACAAUAACAGUGCCAGCACCUUGGCUACGCCCAGUCCUGUGGACAGCAUCAUAGCCAAUACACCCGUAGCGGCAUCGGCAGCGCCGGCCGUUUGGGUAGAGCCGCCGAGUCCGGCACUGAACGAUUUUAAGCCAUUCGAUUUGGAGUCCUGGUGGGGACGUCGUUUGUUCCACAACAUUACCAAAAGCCUAUAGACUGAUUGGCCAUUGGUUAUGUUAUUUGAUUAGUCGGUGCUUCCGUUAUAACUAUUCUUACAUCUAAUUUCGACUGGAAAUCAAAUUCACAUUAGAUAUAAAGAGAAAUAUAGCGGUUAAGUUAUCAUUUUGCAAUUUUAGAUUAGCCGUUUGGUAAAGUCCUAGUGACGACAUGCGUAGGCACAUUUUAUCUUUUUCUAGUAUAUAAAUAUAAAUUUAAAACUCUUCCCAGUUGGCCGUGUAAAUAAUUCGAUACAAAAGUCAUUGUAUGAUUUUUUCAUAUUAAACUAAGAUUGAUUCUGAUUAAGUUCUAUAUAUACAUUUAUAUAUAUAUAUAUAUAAGAGCAAAACAUGUUUAUAGUCUCGUUUGUGCACUAGCCAGUUUUUAAUUUUUAAAUCUAGAGCAAAAAUUGUAAUUUUUUAACUUAGCAUGUCCAAAGAGAAACAGGCUCUAAGGCGAGUUUUUUAAUUUUGUAUUUUGAGCCCACGCGUGGCACCUGCCGAGCAGAAUUUGUUUCUUUAGAUAUACCAUAAAAGAAAGUUUAAAUAUAUAACACACUUUAGUUGCUAGAAAA